GAACUAAAAUUAAGUAAACAUAUAAAAUAAUGGAAGAUCCACAACCAAUCUACGUACAAGGAUACGAUCCAACAGGCGAAAUGACCUACUUAUUCAGAAAAAAAUUAACAAUGUCGGAUUUUAAAGAAGGAUUAAUAAUGGUGAAAAAUGCAGUUCAUUUUCUAGACGGAUAUAAAAACACGGACAUGUGGCCGUCUUUUGUUGAAGGCUUCCCGAUCCGACUCUACACGCGUCAAUACCCUGUCGUCGCUCAAUUGAGGUAUUAUGAGGUGAAAGAUAGAUAUAGUUUGAAUGGUAAAUCAUUUAGGGAUGUUGCUGAACUUAAUGGCUUCGUCCAAGGCAUGGAAAUUGACUGUUGGGCAGUAACUACUCAUCCUAUUCCACUCUGCUUACUUCUUCAAGAGGCUGAUUAGAGGAGGUUUACAAGGAAGUUAAAGAAUUUAAAAGUGAUAGGAUUUGAUUUUAUAAGUAUAGUAUAGC